GUAUGAAACGACUUAAAGUUCAACUGAAAAAACUUCGAAAUGAUACGAAUACCAACAUAAAUAGUUCAUGUCCAAAUCAAACUCAAACAGCAGCUAGUAAUAGUCCAAACAACCUUAAUGGAAAUUCGCCUACAACAUCAAAAAAAUCUUCAUAUUAA